AGGUGCUCUUUAAAUUAAGCUAUGAGUAGCACAGGAACGCUUGCAUUUGGUUUUCUGUUGUGUGUGCCUGUUCUUUGCAAGAUUUCCAUGAUGGUUGAGCCCUUCUUGGGAACCUGGAAGCUGGUCUCCAGUGAAAACUUUGAGGAGUACCUGAAAGAACUAGGAGUGGAUCCUGCAGCUAGGAAAUUGGCGGUGUCGGUGAAACCAAUUGUCAAGAUGAGUGUCAAUGGGGAAACAGUGAAUAUCAAAAUAGAAAGUUCUCUCAAAAACAGUGAGAUCUCCUUCAAGCUGGGGGAAGAAUUUGAUGAAACCACAGCAGACAACCGGAAAGUGAAGAGCAUCGUAACACUAGACAAUGGUUCAAUGAUUCAGGUUCAAAAAUGGCUCGGUAAAGAGACAACAGUCAAAAGAAAAAUUGUAGAUGGAAAAAUGGUAAUGGAAUGCACCAUGAAUAAUAUUGUCAGCACCAGAACCUAUGAAAAAGUGUGAAGAAAAGGUCCACAUCAGUGAAAACUUGUACUUGAUGAAGAAAUGCCUCAGGGCCAGUGAGUGACUUUACCUAACAAAUGCCAUCGGUGUAACCUGGUUCUCUAUACCUUCAAUGAAUCCUCAGCAAUUAAAAAAAAAAAAAAUGAAAAAAAAUCAUGUGAUCUGUGAACAGAAGAAAAGUCCAUUAUAAAUUUGCUCA